AUGGCUGUAGACAAUAGCCUCUCUCCCCACGGCGGCAAACUCAAGGUGUCAGUCGCUCCUUCAGGCGAGGCGGCGCACAUUGUCACCGGGCUGCCUCGACUCACCGUGAGCGAACAGAUAGCACGGGAAGUUAUCAAUCUGGCCUAUGGCGUGUUUUCUCCUCUCGAGGGCUUCAUGGGCCACGCUGACCUGGACUCCGUGGUCCGCUCCAUGCGCCUCGCCGACGGCCUCGUGUGGAGCAUACCCAUCGUCCUCGACGUUUCCCCCUCAGGUUGGGCCUUGACCGGCGCAACAGUCGGCGCCCGCGUCCUGCUGACCCACCAGGACCAGCCAUUGGCCACCCUGGACGUCUCGGAGGUCUACAGCUACAACAAGACGGUGAUGGCCCGGAACGUCUACGGCACCACCGACCCUGAGCAUCCCGGCGUGGCCCGCACUAUGGCGCUCGAGGACACCCUGGUCGCCGGAAAGGUGACCCUCGUGAACCCACCCCGGGUAAACCCGCCUUUCGACCGGUUUUGGAAGACGCCGGAGCAACUCAGGGCACGGCUGGCCGAGCUCGGCUGGAGUUCCGCCGUGGCCCACCAGACCCGCAACGUCCCCCACGCCGGCCACGAGAUGAUGAUGAAGGGCGCCCUGCUCGCCUCCGGCGCCGACGGCAUCCUCGUCAGCGCCGUCAUCGGCGAAAAGAAGCCGGGCGACUACAUCGACGAGGCCAUAGUCCUCGCCCACGCCCUCCUGCGGGAGGAGGGCUUCUUCCUUCCCGAAAUCCACGAGACCUCCACUUUAAUGUGGGACAUGCGUUACGCCGGGCCCCGUGAGGCGGUCUUCCACGCCCUGGUCCGCAAGAACCUCGGCUGCACCCACCACAUGUUCGGCCGCGACCACGCCGGCGUCGGCAGCCACUACGGCCGCUAUGCCGCCCACGAGGUCUUUGACACGCUUCCCGAACUUGCCGUGCCGACUUUCGUAGACCCCAACACCUGCAACGCCUGCGCCGGGGAGCAUCAGGGCCCUCUCUGCGUCUACAUCUGCCCCAACGACCUGAUGGCAAUGGAUAUCGGUGUCAACAAGGGCUUCAAUCAGGAACCCGAAUUGUGCUCUGAGUGCUACGCCUGCGUGAAGCUCUGUCCGCAGGAAGCCAUCAGCGUCCGCGGCUACGCCGACUUCGUGCCCUUGGGCGCCAUCGUGCAGCCCCACCGCACCCCUGCUGACGGCAUCGAAAACGGGGGCCUGCACUGGGAGGUCGUCUUCCGCGACGGCCGCCGCUUCGAUUUCACCUACCCAUCCCGCACCCGUCCCGCCGGCACCGUUGUACCCUACGAGGGGUUCACCGAGGACCGCUCCGUCGACCUCCGCAACCAGAACCUCGCCGGCGACUCCAACUGGCUGGGCGUAGAUUCGCUGCCCGUCCCGGCUUCCCAUUAG